CAUCAAACACAUGUUCGCGGGAUGUGCAACGUCAGUAUAUGCAACAGUCCUUUUUCUUACGAGAAACGCCGGUCUCAGGAGGUAUAUGUAUGUACAAGAAGAAAAACAACUACGGACGGGGUUGCAGAGAUACUCCAGGGAUAUAACCAACUACAUACAGCCCAUCAGCGAAGCAGGCAGGGGCCACGCAAACCACGAAUCAGUCGUACAUCGUAACAGCACACAGCUAACCAAAGGACAACACUACGCUGCCGUGUAUAAAACCUUCCAUUCACUCGAUCUUCGCCUCCUUCACCCCCUCCUCAGCCGCCGGCGCAACAGCCUGCACAGGGUACGCCCCAGCCACCCCGGUCCCAGGCACGGUAACCAGCCUCAUCUUCCUCACCCACAUCCUCCGUCUCGUCAAACUCGACAUAUACGGUGCACGCCUAGGGUUCGCCCACAACUGCCACCCGCCGGUGUUCGGGUCGACGUCGGCCCACCCGACAUCGAGCAGCCAGUCGUCGUCGGCCCAUUCCCAGUCGCCGAGCGGGUCGGGCGGGGGAGCGAAGAGGUCUUUUGUGGGGCGGGAGAGGGUGCCGGUGGAGUCGGACCAGGCGCCGCGAAACCAACAACCACAAUACUCCCAUCCCCCGUCUUCCUCGCCUCCUUAACCGCCUCCUUGAAAGUGUCCACCUGGAACUUGAGCUUCUUCAGGCCUUCCCAAAAGUCCACGGGGCUGAUGAUCAUGGCCUUCCCUCAACAUGUUCUGGCUGGGGCCCAUAGAUCCACCGACUUUCAUCAUCAUCCCCGGUCCCUACUUGCGACUUGCGAGUGUGUGAGCUGGUGUGUGAGGCAUGUGUGAGGGCUUUCACUCAAGUUUCAACGCGUUGUGAGGGCUGCUGUGGACGGCUGCACGCGAAAGGGAGAUCGCGCGCGGUGGACACUUCGAACCCCGGCCGCUUUCAUUCCCAAUGCGAUGUCGGGGGUCAAGAUGUCGGGUUCAAUCUCGCAAUUGCGGCAUGUCUGGUCUGGCCGCCUUGUCUGGUCUGGUCUGGCGCGACCUACACAGGGGGAUGGGUCGCGUAUUCAAGAUGCAACUCGGUUCAGAGUGCCAUCGGGAAGGGAAGGGAAAGGGGUGUGAGCUUUGGG